UCGAAGCGUUACAGAGCGUCAAAUCCCGCAACACGAGUCUCUUCAGCCUCAGAGAACAUAGACCACAUCAGCAACCAUGAACAUGGCAGCUACAGACUUCUACACCCAGGUCGACCAACUUUCCAGAGAGUACAAGACUGUGAAGGAUGCUUUCGAAUCCGACAGGACUCUCCCUCUGGAAUGGAGGAAGCAGCAGUAAAACAGGUCUGGAGGAUGUUGGACGAGAACGAGAGCCGAUUCCACGAUGCCUUGUAUGCAGACAUCCGCAAACCCAAAGUUGAAACCCAAUCGUACGAAAUCAUCGGCAUAAAGAACGAGAUCAUCCACACCCUGGAGCACUUGGACGAAUGGGCCAAGCCUUCCGCCGUCGAUGUCUUCGAGGAGUUCAAGGUCAACCAACCUCGCGUCUACAAGCAGCCUAAGGGAGCCGUACUGAUCAUCGGCACCUGGAACUACCCUCUCGACUUGACUCUGGAUCUCUUGAUCUCAGCCAUCUCGGCCGGCAACACAGCCGUCAUCAAGGCCAGCGAGAAUACUCCGGUUACUGGCAAGCUCCUAGCCGAGUUGAUCCCUCGCUAUCUGGACAGUGAAAGCUAUCGAGUCGUUAACGGUGACAAAGACCAGGCCACAGAGCUGCUAAAGUACCACUGGGCGCACAUACUGUACACCGGCGGUGCUAAGGUCGCUCGCAUUGUCAUGGCCGCCGCCUCCAAGCAUCUCACCCCAGUGACCUUGGAGCUAGGUGGCAAGACCCCGACCAUCGUCACCGAGAAGGCAAACAUCGCAAUCGCUGCCAAGAGAAUCGCCUGGGUCAAAGUCUGGAAUUUGGGCCAGACCUGCAUGUCCACGGACUACGUCCUGGUACACGAGUCUGUCCGAGAACAAUUCGUGACCGAGCUGAUCAAGUAUAUUAAGACCUUCGCUGAGAAUUCGGGUGUGGAUGGUAUGUCGCGCCUGAUCAACAACAUGCAUUUCCACCGCAUCAGCGACAUGCUCGCCGCCACGAAGGGUAAAGUCGCUUUUGGCGGUCACCAGGAUGAAGCCAAGCUCUUUGUCGAGCCUACCAUCAUUUUGGAUCCGGCGCUCGAUGAUUCCACGCUCGAGUCUGAGAUUUUCGGCCCUCUCUUGCCCCUCAUCACCUACAAGACACUCCCCGAGGCUCGCGACCUGAUCACCCGCAUUGACCCUACUCCUCUCGGUCUGUACGUCAUGACCGAGGACAACGAGCAGGCCGAGUACUUCUUCACGCACAUCCGUUCAGGUGGCGCCGCUAUCAACGAUCCGAUGGCCCAGUUGGCCGUGCCAAGCGUGCCGUUCGGCGGGUUUGGGGAGAGCGGAAUGGGCAGUUAUCGUGGAAAGGCAGGGUUCGAGACCUUUUCGCAUCUCAAGUCUGCAGUCACCACAUUCACUGACCCUGCGUCAGAGCAAGCCAAUGAGUGGCGCUAUGCUUUGGGUGAUCGCGAGGAGAAAUUUCAGCUCUUGAAGAAUCUGGAGAUUCCUUUGAGCUGAGAAGCUUGAGCGCUGAUCGCUCAGGAUAUAGCUCCUUUGAGGAACGGGGCUGAUCUGUCUCGAGCUGAGGUGCUAGGGGGAAUUGAGGUAGUUGAGGAGCAAGUCGCUGUCACGAAAUUCGGUGGUACUACAUGCAUUCGCUCGUUUGGAAUCCUUGAAGUCAAAACACUGUGCUUUGCAGGAAAUCGUUCAUUUGGAGGAAGGGGAGUAUGGAUGCAGGUUUACUUAGCAUUCACGCCAUGUGGGGAUCACACUCGCUGUCACAAUCAAGUUGGUAUGUUCUGAAUUUUGAAAUGGCAAUUCAGCCAGUAUCAUGAGACUGUAGGCUUAUACCAUCCGUCUCUUGCCCCAGCUCCAAUGAUUUUCAAGGCGUCACAGAAUUCCCAAGUAGCUUCC